AGCCCAGGCUGUGUAGAGUCAGCCUCCAUCGCUGACACAGUGUUGGGUGCCACAUGGAGGGCAAGGGGAUGGGAGGAAAAACGUUUAUGGGGUCUUUAAAGCGUUCCUCAAUCAAGCGCACAACAUCUGGAUCGCAAAAGACUCAGAAGGCUUGGAUAGAGAAGACCUUUCACAGAAGAGAAUGCAUUCAUAUUUUUCCAAACAGCAAAGACCUGAGCAGGUGUUGCUGUGGCCAUUUAAUAGGGCAGCAUGUGGCCAUCCUUCCUGGCUGUACAACUAAUGAAAGUGCAGAGGAGCGCAGCCAGCUUGUGCAAGUGGAGCCCCAGCCAGAGAAAUGGUCCGUCAGCAAACACACGCAGACCAGCCCCACAGACGCCUAUGGAAUCAUCGAGUUCCAGGGAGGAGGCCACUCCAACAAGGCCAUGUAUAUUCGGGUAUCAUAUGACACCAAACCAGACAAUCUUCUUCAUUUGAUGGUCAAAGACUGGCAGCUGGAGCUUCCCACCCUCCUCAUCUCAGUUCAUGGAGGCCUACAGAACUUUGACCUGCAGCCCAAACUCAAGCAGGUGUUUGGGAAAGGCCUGAUCAAGGCUGCCAUGACAACAGGGGCCUGGAUAUUCACUGGUGGAGUCAGUACCGGGGUGAUCCGUCACGUUGGAGAUGCCUUGAAAGACCAUUCCUCUAAAUCAAGAGGGAAGGUCUGUGCAAUAGGAAUAGCACCCUGGGGCAUAGUGGAGAACAAAGAGGACCUUAUUGGAGCAGACGUAACAAGGCCAUACCAGACCAUGUCGAACCCCCUCAGCAAACUCUCUGUGCUCAACAGCAGUCACUCCCACUUCAUCCUGGCUGACAACGGCACUGUGGGGAAGUACGGGGCUGAGGUCAAACUGCGGCGGCACCUGGAGAAACACAUCUCCCUGCAGAAAAUCAACACCAGACUGGGGCAGGGAGUGCCUGUGGUGUGUCUCAUAGUGGAGGGGGGCCCCAACGUGAUCUCCAUUGUCCUGGAUAGCCUGCGGGAGGACCCCCCGGUGCCUGUGGUGGUCUGCGAUGGCAGCGGCCGGGCCUCGGACAUUGUGUCCUUUGCUCACAAGUACUCUGAAGAAGCAGGGAUAAUUAGUGACAGUGUAAGAGAUCAGCUCCUUGUCACCAUUCAGAAAACAUUCAACUACAGCCGGAACCAGGCUCAGCAGCUCUUCAUGAUGCUGAUGGAGUGUAUGAAGAAGAAAGAGCUGAUAACAGUGUUCCGAAUGGGCUCGGAAGGACAACAGGACAUUGAGAUGGCGAUUUUGACAGCUCUGUUAAAAGGUACCAAUGCAGCAGCCCCAGACCAGCUGAGCCUGGCUCUGGCUUGGAACAGGGUUGAUAUUGCACGCAGCCAGAUCUUUGUGUAUGGGCAUCACUGGCCGCCUCUGAACACCCUCUCAGCCACUGGUACCCCCAUUCAGGAGGAGAAGAGCCCAGCCGCCAGCACCAGGGCAGCCAAGGGGCCAGCCAGAGGCAAGGGCCGAGGAAAGAAGAAGGGCGGGAAAGAGAAAAAAGAGCAGGAAGAAGAGACCGAUCCCAGAAAGUUAGAAUUACUUAACUGGGUGAACUCCCUGGAGCAAGCCAUGAUGGAUGCGUUGGUUUUGGAUCGAGUGGACUUUGUGAAACUCCUGAUUGAGAAUGGGGUGAACAUGCAUAACUUUCUCACUAUUCCACGGCUUGAGGAGUUAUACAACACUAGGCUAGGUCCUCCAAAUACUUUGCAUUUUCUAGUUAGGGAAGUUAAAAAGGGAAACCUGCCCCCAGAUUAUCACACCAGUCUGAUUGACAUCGGGCUAGUUCUAGAAUACCUCAUGGGCGGAGCCUACCGGUGCUACUACACGCGCAAGAGCUUCCGCAUGCUCUACAACAACCUGUUUGGACCAAAAAGGCCAAAGGCUCUUAAAUUUUUGGGAAUGGAGGAUGAGGAGACUCCUUCUAAAGGGAGGAAGAAGAAGAAGAAGAAGAAGAACAAGAAGGAGGAGGAGAUCGACAUCGACGUGGAUGACCCAGAGGUCAGCCGCUUUCAGUACCCUUUCCAUGAGCUCAUGGUGUGGGCAGUGCUGAUGAAGCGCCAGAAGAUGGCGCUCUUCCUUUGGCAGCGGGGUGAGGAGGCCAUGGCCAAGGCCCUGAUAGCCUGUAAGCUCUACAAGUCCAUGGCCCACGAGUCUUCUGAGAACGUAAUGGUGGACGAUAUCUCACAGGACCUGGACAAUAAUUCAAAGGAGUUUGGUCAGCUUGCCUAUGAGUUGUUGGACCAGUCUUACAAACAUGACGAGCAGGUAGCCAUGAAGCUGCUGACGUACGAACUAAAGAACUGGAGCAACUCUACCUGCCUGAAGCUGGCCGUGGCAGCCAAGCACAGAGACUUCAUUGCGCACACCUGCAGCCAGAUGCUGCUGACAGACAUGUGGAUGGGAUGCCUGCGAAUGCGCAAGAACCCGGGCCUGAAGGUCAUAAUGGGAAUUGUCUUCCCGCCUACCAUCCUGUUCCUGGAGUUUCGAACCAAUGAGGACCUCUCUUACCAGACCUCUGAAGAACAGGAGGAUGGGAAGGAGAAGGAAGAAGAGAACACAGUCAGUAAGGAUGGGAAUGUGGACACUAGUUCCAAGAAAGGAGAUGAAGAGGAAGGAGACAAAAAACAGAGAAGAGUUCCGAUUGGGACCAAGAUCUAUGAGUUCUACAACGCUCCCUUCACCAAGUUCUGGUUCUAUACGAUCUGUUACAUGGGCUAUCUGAUGCUUUUCAAUUACAUCAUUCUGGUGAAGAUGGAACGCAACCCAACACUUCAGGAAUGGAUAGUAAUCUCAUACAUCUUGACGCUGGCUUUAGAGAAAAUACGAGAGAUUCUGAUGUCUGAGCCAGGCAAGCUAAAGCAGAAGAUCAACGUCUGGUUGCAGGAUUACUGGAACAUCACUGACAUGGUGGCUAUUUCAGUGUUUUUGAUGGGGCUGCUCCUCAGGCUGCAGAGCCAGCCAUACAUGGGCUACGGGCGCGUCAUCUACUGCGUGGACAUCAUCUUCUGGUACAUUCGGGUCCUGGACAUCUUCGGGGUGAACAAGUACCUGGGGCCCUAUGUCAUGAUGAUUGGGAAGAUGAUGGUGGACAUGCUGUACUUCGUGGUGAUCAUGCUGGUGGUGCUGAUGAGUUUCGGCGUGGCACGGCAGGCUAUCCUGCACCCAGACGAGGAGCCCACCUGGAGGCUGGCUCGGAACAUCUUCUACAUGCCUUACUGGAUGAUCUACGGAGAGGUGUUUGCGGAUCAGAUAGACCGUAAGACUAGAAUUCAUAUAUACGCUAUGGAAAUUAAUCCUCCAUGCGGAGACAAUCUGUUCGAUGAGGAUGGAAAACGCUUCCCCCCCUGCAUCCCUGGAGCUUGGCUCACUCCUGCCAUCAUGGCGUGCUACCUGCUGGUGGCAAACAUCCUGCUUGUAAACCUACUCAUCGCUGUCUUCAACAACACCUUCUUUGAGGUCAAAUCCAUCUCCAACCAGGUGUGGAAGUUCCAGCGUUAUCAGCUGAUCAUGACCUACCAUGACAGACCGGUGCUGCCUCCCCCGCUCAUUAUUUUCAGCCUCAUCUAUAUUGUAAUUAAACGCAUUUGCUGCCACUGCAAGCGAAGGAGCGAGAGAGAACUGGAUGAGCGGGACAGAGGACUAAAGCUGAUCUUGUGUGAAGAGGAACUAAAGAAGCUGUAUGAGUUUGAAGAGCAGUGUGUGGAAGAAUACUUCCAAGACAAGGAAAACAAGGAACAUUCAUCCAGCGAUGAGCGCAUCAGAGUGACAUCAGAAAGGGUUGAAAACAUGUCAAUGCGCCUGGAGGAGAUAAAUGAGAGGGAGCACUUCAUGAAGGCAUCCCUCCAGACAGUGGACCUCCGCCUAGCCCAGUUAGAGGAGUUCUCAGGAAGGAUGAUGAAUGCGAUGGAGAAGCUGGCGGGUAUCGACAAGGCUGAGCUGACCCACACACACUCCAGAGCCUCUUCAGAGUGUGACCCGGCCUUCCUCCUCAGACAGAGCAGCAUCAACAGCUCUGACGGCUACAGUAUGUACAAGUACUACCUCGACGGAGAAGAGGACCACCCCUGCGUGGAGAUGGGAGCCACCUUGUCACCGUCCAUGAAGAGGAAAUCUUUUAAAACCAAGGAAGAGAAGGAAGCCAUAGGUCAAACGAUGCAGCUGACCUCAUCCAGCGCUACUGCUGUGACCACAAAGGACACCAGUCAAACCUCAGAAAUCAUCAAAGAUACUAAAAGACCAAGCUCCUGUGUGGACAUUGCGAUUCCUACAUCUAGUGACCAGGAAACUCAAUCAGGGACUGAAGAUCCGCAAAGACAACCAAAGCCUCCAGAAGCCAUAGUGAAUGGCCAAUCUGCUCUAGUGUCAGGGAACACAGGCUUGACUGUAGAAAGAGCAAAGCUGGAGGCCACCAUCUCUUACCCCUUGGAAAGGUCUAAAGCCAUGCGGUACUAUCCUUCUCAAACCUUUAGCACCUCACCGGACACAAUGAAGUCCAGAAGUAGUUUUAUAUUCACUCCAGCAGAGGGCAUAUCUGGUGGAGGAAGUGAUUGGACAACAGACUAUAGUUCUUUAAUGAACCAGAUGAGUCAAUCAGCCGUUGGACAGUGGACAGCUUGUUUGGAAUAUAAGCUUCAUUCGAGUCCCUAUGGCCAGCCUCCAAGAGUCUCCAUUCAAAGGCCGGUUGACGAGCCAGAGUUUGUGUCAGAUUCUGAAAGGCAGGUUAAGCAGCCAAUCACGGACACAGAAGAUGAGACAGGUGCCAACACACCUUUAGGCGAUAGGGCAGACCCAGAUAGUUCUCUAUUGGUGGUAGAGGACAGGAUGUAUCCAUCACUCAGGUCGAAGAGUUUGAAUAGCAAACCUGUAAAAGUGAAAUGCAUGGGGGACAGCAGGGAUAAGCUCAGACCUACCAGCAGCGUCAAGGACAUUGUGGUGGCAUGCGGCAGUGCAGCAGAAGAUCAAGAGGCAGAAACCAAGACAGAGGACGGUCUCAAGGAGAAGCAAUCAACAGAAACAGAUUGCUAAUUCAAGAGUGUGGCUGCUCGGUCAUAGUCAAAACCAAUAUGACUAUGUUACUGAAAUAUAGCAAUACUGAAGUGGUAACACUCCUUUGGAUAAUACACUAUAAAGUAUACACAUUGAGAACAGAUGUAGAAUGGAGACAAUGCUUCCCUUCUUUAACAGCACAUUCUGUUAACAAGUAAAUUUAUUGCACAGUUUAUCUCUUAAAGACAAUUGAAAUAUGCCUUUGUUUGACUUAACUUGUACUGUUUUUUUUUUUUUGUAAAAAAAGGUAAAAAGGGCUCUGCAUUAGGCAUUUUUUUUCUAAUCCUCUAUGAAACAUAAUAUUGUACAAUGCCUUUAACAUAAUGUUUUCAAAUUAUUUGUGUUUGAUCCAGACAACUGGGAUUCAAAUUCAUCCAACAUGAAACAGGGCACGGUCUGUAUUUUUAAGGCAUCAAAAGGUACAGUAGGGCCUUUAUCCAUUACAAAGCCCGUUAAACACGUGCUUUAGCCCUUGUUUUGCCCAGCAAAAAAUCGGAGUUGUAAUUCCUUGCCAAUUGUACAGAAUUAACCCUGUAAAAUAAGGACAAACAGGCAAAUAGACCUUAAGGACUGCCAGCUAUCACAUAAGAAUGAAUAGUCAAGCAGAACAAAGUAGGACAUGUGAAGGGCAAUAACUGCAAGAGCUAAUUUCACCAAUCAAACACAUUAAUUUGAAUAGUGUUAUUAUAUUUCAGGAGGGAAAUGCAGCUUUUGCCUUAACCCAAAAAGGAUCUCACUAAUGCAACAAUACAUUACUAAAUGGGUCUGUGAAAACACUCCUUAAAGGCAUCAGCUACAUCACACGCAGGGACCUAUGGUGGUGAUGGCACUAGAAUGUUACUGCAUAUCAUUGCUAUGGUUACUAGAGUACAAAUGUUACAGUGCCACCUGCUGACCAAAAUAAGUCUCUCAUGAUCUGUUAAAGAAAAAUCACAAAAAGCAUGAAGUGUGAUGUGUUUAUAGAUUAUGGGGGGG